AUGCUCAUGGCAAAAGUGGAAGAACAACCCAUUUCACCAAUCCACCAACCUUCUUCAUUCGUGUUACUACUGCUUCAAAUCAUGAGCAAAAGAAGGAUCUGGGUGUGCAUUUUUGUGCUUGUUUAUGGCUUGCUCUUUACAUCUUCGUGGAACUUUCUCAAGUCUAUGAUUUCGUGGUACAAGCUGCAAGGUGAGUCAUCAUCAUCAUCUUGUUGGUGGCCUGCACUCUAUGCCUCGCUGCUUCUUGGUGCAGUUUUUGGACUUCUUUCGAUGGUGGCAGCUUUUGCUGUAGUGGUGCCUGCUGCUCUGGUCACGUGGAUUGCCAUAGUGGUGUUAUUGGCUUUCUUUGGUAAGCCUAAGAGGACUUUGGUUGUGGAGGGAAGGAAGAUUACUGGGGAGAUUUUCCGUUUUGUGCUGAAGGUUUUGCUGAAAGAAGGGAAUAUCGUGGCUGCUUUAUGUGCUGUUCUGGGGUACUUUGUUCUGGGUAGAACAAACGGAAGAGGUGCUGACUGA